UCCUCCUCUCCCCAGCCGCUCUGCUCCCAGACUCCUUUGCGGCCGUGUGGAGCGAGGCCUUGUUCCCGCGUUGAGCCGCCGCCGCCUCAGCCCGGGCCCAGCCGCGUCGCCUCAGCCCCGUUCGCCCCCCCGCCCCCUGAGGGGACGCCCUGCCCGGCCGCCAUGUCGGACUACAGCACUGGGGGGCCGCCGCCGGGGCCUCCGCCGUCUGCCGGAGGAGGAGGAGGCGCCGGGACCGGAGCCGGAGCCGGGGCUGGCGCCGGGGGAGCCGGGGGGCCGCCGCCAGGAGCGCCGGGCGCCGGGGACCGGGGAGGUGGAGGGGGCGGAGGACCGGGCCCCGGUUCGGCCCCGCCACCCGGAGGGGGAGCCCCGGGAAUCCGCAAGGACGCCUUCGCGGAUGCCGUGCAGCGGGCCCGGCAGAUAGCAGCAAAAAUUGGAGGCGAUGCAGCUACUACUGUCAAUAACAGCACUCCAGAUUUUGGGUUUGGGGGCCAAAAGAGACAGUUGGAAGAUGGAGAUCAGCCUGAGAGCAAGAAACUGGCAGCCCAAGGCGACUCUCUCAGUUCUCAACUUGGGCCUAUCCAUCCUCCUCCCAGGUCUUCAAUGACGGAAGAGUACCGUGUCCCUGAUGGCAUGGUGGGACUAAUCAUUGGCAGAGGUGGUGAACAAAUCAACAAGAUCCAGCAGGACUCAGGCUGCAAAGUACAGAUCUCACCAGACAGCGGUGGCUUACCAGAGCGAAGUGUGUCACUGACGGGAGCCCCAGAAUCAGUGCAGAAAGCAAAGAUGAUGCUGGAUGACAUUGUUUCUCGGGGCCGAGGUGGCCCUCCUGGACAAUUCCAUGAUAAUUCAAAUGGGGGUCAGAAUGGCACAGUGCAGGAGAUCAUGAUUCCUGCAGGGAAGGCAGGAUUGGUGAUUGGCAAAGGCGGGGAGACCAUUAAGCAGCUGCAGGAGCGAGCUGGAGUGAAGAUGAUUUUAAUUCAAGAUGGAUCCCAAAAUACCAAUGUGGACAAACCUCUUCGGAUUAUUGGAGAUCCUUAUAAAGUACAGCAAGCCUGUGAGAUGGUGAUGGAUAUCCUCCGAGAACGUGACCAAGGAGGCUUUGGGGACCGGAAUGAAUAUGGAUCCAGGAUUGGCGGCGGGAUAGAUGUGCCAGUGCCUAGACAUUCUGUUGGUGUGGUCAUUGGCCGGAGUGGAGAAAUGAUCAAAAAAAUACAAAGUGAUGCUGGUGUCCGGAUACAGUUCAAACAAGAUGAUGGAACAGGUCCUGAGAAGAUAGCCCAUAUCAUGGGACCCCCAGACCGGUGUGAGCAUGCUGCCCGAAUCAUCAACGACCUCCUCCAGAGUUUAAGGAGUGGUCCCCCAGGACCUCCCGGGGGCCCGGGCAUGCCCCCUGGAGGCAGGGGCCGAGGUCGAGGCCAGGGAAACUGGGGGCCUCCUGGUGGAGAGAUGACUUUCUCCAUUCCAACUCACAAGUGUGGACUGGUCAUUGGCAGAGGUGGGGAGAACGUGAAAGCCAUAAAUCAGCAAACAGGCGCCUUUGUGGAGAUCUCUCGGCAGCUCCCACCAAAUGGGGACCCUAACUUCAAACUCUUUAUCAUCCGGGGAUCCCCUCAACAAAUUGACCAUGCCAAGCAGCUUAUUGAGGAAAAGAUUGAGGGUCCUCUCUGUCCAGUUGGUCCAGGUCCUGGCGGACCAGGUCCUGCUGGCCCAAUGGGGCCCUUUAACCCAGGGCCUUUCAACCAGGGGCCUCCAGGAGCUCCUCCUCAUGCUGGAGGGCCCCCUCCUCACCAGUACCCACCCCAGGGUUGGGGCAACACCUAUCCACAGUGGCAGCCACCUGCUCCUCAUGACCCAAAUAAAGCAGCAGCUGCAGCAGCAGAUCCCAAUGCCGCCUGGGCUGCCUACUACUCACACUACUACCAGCAGCCCCCAGGCCCCGUGCCAGGUCCAGCACCAGCCCCCACGGCCCCACCUGCCCAGGGGGAACCCCCACAACCCCCACCUACGGGACAGUCAGACUACACUAAAGCCUGGGAAGAAUAUUACAAAAAAAUAGGCCAACAGCCUCAGCAGCCUGGUGCUCCCCCCCAACAGGAUUACACAAAAGCCUGGGAGGAGUACUAUAAGAAACAAGCGCAAGUGGCCACUGGUGGUGGACCCGGAGCCCCCCCGGGCUCCCAGCCUGACUAUAGUGCUGCCUGGGCUGAAUAUUACAGACAGCAAGCCGCCUACUACGGACAGACCCCUGGUCCUGGCGGCCCCCAGCCACCUCCCACACAGCAGGGACAGCAGGCAAGUGGGAAUUGCCACCCUCCUCCUCCUCCUUUUUCCUUCCAACCCCCGGCUACCGUCCAUCCUGCCUUAGUGGGUAGCGCCGGAAAUCCCUUCCCCUGCGGGGUGUGCCCUUGAUGCCAGCGUCGGGGGCCGUGUGGCCGGAGGUCUCCGGGAGUCCCCACAAGACGGGGGACAGUGUGCGCUGGGCCCAGAGGUUAAACAGAAGAGGCCUCCCUCCGCCAGCCUGCUUGUUCCUGUGUAACGCUGUCGUGAUGUUGGG